CACACGAGACCACGACGAGUGCCCACCGUGGGUGAAAUUCGCCCCUCCAGCGUCGACUUCCCUCACGGCUGCGCGUGAGGAGAAAAAGAGGAGCGAAGCGGCGCCUCGCCUCCCCUUCCCCUCACCCAGGGUGUGCCUCCUCCUCCUCCUCGCCCGCCCGCCGCGGAGCGAGGCGCCCCUCUCUUCUCCGGGAGACGCCUGCCGCCUUCCUGCCUCCCCCUCCUCACCGAGUCUCUUUGUGGGGCCCCAGGGAGAGGAGCCCAGCGCGCCGCCGCCGCCGCUCCUUCGCCCGCCCUUCCCCGCUCCCUCCCGCCAUUGUGCAGCCGGCAACGCCAGCUCUCCCACCUGCUGGCGGCGGCGAGGCGAGCGACGCCCCCUCUCGCUUCCCAUUCGCUCCCCAUUCACCCUUCUGUGCGCGCGUAUGUCCCCAGCUGAACCGGGGAGAGCCCCCUCCUCCUCCUCCUCCAUCUCCGCCCCGCUCCGGAGCUUGCAGUGCCGCCACCUUGCCCUCCCUCCCUCGCUUCCUCCUCCUCCUCCUCCUCGUCGUCGCGCGCUCCCCGAACUAAAAGGAGGCAGCUGUUCGGCCAGCGGCGCCUCCUCCUCGCUCCCGUUUCCAGCCCUCGGGAGCCGUCGCCGCUUUCCACCCCCCAGGCGUGCAGCUCGGGGAAUAGGAAGAAGAGGCGCUGCUGCCGCCGCCGCCGCCUCAGACUGCAAUGUGCGCCCUGCUGCUGCUGCUACUCCUGCCGCAGCCCCAGCCGCAGCCCUGAAGGAGCCAUGCCGGGCUGGAAGAAGACCAUCCCCGUGUGCCUGCAAGCCGAGCAGGAGAGAGAUGAGAGUCCAUACACUAAAUCUGCAAACCAGACAAAACCACCCGAAGGAGCAUUGGCUGUAAGGAGGCAGAGUAUCCCAGAGGAAUUCAAGGGCUCAACACUAGUUGAAUUAAUGAAGAAAGAAGGCACAACUUUGGGGCUUACGGUGUCUGGUGGAAUUGACAAGGAUGGUAAACCAAGAGUGUCCAACCUUCGUCAAGGAGGAAUUGCCGCUCGAAGUGACCAACUGGAUGUGGGAGACUACAUCAAAUCUGUGAAUGGAAUCAACCUGACAAAGUUCCGCCAUGAUGAAAUCAUCAGUUUGCUUAAAAACGUUGGCGAGCGAGUUGUAUUAGAAGUGGAGUAUGAGCUACCGCCAGUCUCUGUACAGGGUUCAGGUCUCGUUUUUAGAACUGUGGAAGUGACUUUACAUAAAGAAGGGAACACUUUUGGGUUUGUAAUAAGAGGUGGAGCACACGAUGACAGAAAUAAAUCUCGUCCUGUUGUAAUAACAUGUGUUAGACCUGGAGGACCUGCUGACAGGGAGGGGACAAUAAAGCCUGGUGACAGGUUGCUUAGCGUUGAUGGAAUUCGUCUGGUCGGGACAUCACACAGCGAAGCCAUGAGCAUUCUCAAACAAUGUGGGCAAGAAGCAACUCUGCUGAUAGAAUACGAUGUCUCGGUUAUGGAUUCGGUAGCAACAGCUUCUGGGCCGCUGCUUGUCGAAGUUGCCAAAACUGCUGGUUCCGCUCUGGGAGUUGCACUAUCUACCUCGAUGUGCUGUAGCAAACAAGUGAUCAUCAUCGACAAAAUAAAAUCUGCAAGUAUUGCAGACAGAUGUGGCGCAUUACAUGUAGGAGAUCAUAUUCUCUCCAUUGAUGGCACCAGCAUGGAAUACUGUACAUUGGCAGAAGCGACACAGUUUUUGGCUAAUACUUCUGACAAUGUCAAGCUAGAGAUCCUUCCUCAUCAUCAGACAAGGCUGGCUCUUAAGGGACCAGAACACGCGAAGGUUCAAAGGAGCAACAGGCAACUCACAUGGAAUCCCUAUGCCAACAGCCACAGCAGCACUUUCACCUAUCACCAUUAUAAUACCUACCACCCUGACCAUUGCAGGAUGCCAGCUUUGAAAUGCCAGAAAACAUCACCUCCAAAAAGCCUUCCACUCGUAUCUUCGUCCUUCUCUCCGGCCUCCAUGAGCGCAUACAGUCUGAGUUCCCUGAACAUGGGGACUUUACCUCGCAGUCUCUACUCUACCAGUCCACGUGGCACCAUGAUGAGAAGAAGGAUGAAAAAGAAGGACUUCAAAAGCUCAUUGUCACUAGCUUCUAGCACUGUUGGCCUGGCUGGGCAGGUUGUCCACACAGAAACUACAGAAGUAGUGCUGACAGCUGACCCCAUUGUCGGAUUUGGAAUACAGCUCCAGGGCAGUGUGUUUGCUACUGAGACCUUGUCAUCUCCACCUCUGAUCUCCUAUAUUGAGGCUGACAGUCCAGCAGAAAGGUGUGGCACCCUACAAAUAGGAGACAGAGUACUAGCUAUAAAUGGGAUCCCGACAGAAGACAGCACAUUUGAUGAAGCUAAUCAGCUUCUUAGAGACUCAUCUAUCACCAGCAAGGUCACUUUGGAAAUAGAAUUUGAUGUUGCAGAAUCUGUUAUACCAAGUAGUGGCACUUUUCAUGUAAAACUACCAAAGAAGCAUAACGUAGAGCUUGGCAUCACCAUAAGCUCUCCAUCUAGUCGAAAACCAGGGGACCCUCUUGUUAUUUCAGAUAUUAAGAAGGGAAGUGUUGCACACAGAACUGGAACAUUAGAACUAGGUGAUAAAUUGCUCGCCAUAGAUAAUAUUCGACUAGACAACUGUUCCAUGGAAGAUGCAGUUCAAAUCCUGCAGCAUUGCGAGGACCUUGUAAAGCUCAAGAUUCGCAAAGAUGAAGAUAACUCUGGUAUUCACAAGACCAAUUGCAUCCUCUUGGCAUGUAUUGCAGAUGAACAAGAGAGCUCAGGAGCAAUUAUUUAUACUGUCGAGCUCAAGCGCUACGGAGGACCUCUUGGGAUCACUAUUUCUGGUACUGAAGAGCCCUUUGAUCCUAUUAUCAUUUCAAGUCUUACUAAAGGUGGACUAGCUGAAAGGACAGGUGCAAUUCAUAUCGGAGACCGAAUCUUAGCAAUAAAUAGCAGCAGCCUGAAAGGAAAACCUUUGAGCGAAGCCAUACAUUUGUUACAAAUGGCAGGAGAAACAGUCACCUUGAAAAUCAAAAAGCAGACAGAUGCAUCAAGUCCCAAGAAGUUUCCAGCCUCUGGUCACCUAAAUGAAUUGAGUGAUGCUGAAGAUGACACAGCCACCACACAGAAACCAGGCAAACUGUCAGAAAUAUACUCCACUACCGUCCCAAGCGUAGAUAGUGCUGUGGAAUCAUGGGAUGGCUCUGGAAUGGAUAACAGCUAUGGAAGUCAAGGUCCCAAUUAUCAGGCUUCAGGAUACAACUUCAACACAUUUGAAUGGAGGAGUCCAAAACAAAGGAGCAGUUUAUCCCCUCCCAACAGGCCCCGAACCAACCCCUUCCACAACACAGGGCUAAGUGAUGAUGAAUGGGAUAAACCAGUCGCAAGCAGCUUUGCAGGUGCCCCCGAGACUGACCAGGAGGAAAAUUUCUGGUCUCAAGCACUGGAGGACUUGGAGACUUGUGGACAGUCAGGAAUUCUGAGGGAAUUAGAGGACAAGGCUGACAGGCGUCUGUGUUUGAGAAACAUGACUCUCUUGGCAACCAUUAUGUCAGGGAGCACCAUGAGUCUGAACCAUGACAACCCGCAGCAUCGCAGCCACCUAGGGAGACAAGCCAGCUUCCAGGAACGAAGCACUUCGAGGCCUCAUUACAGCCAGACGACCCGUAGCAAUACGUUGCCUUCAGAUGUGGGAAGAAAGUCUGUAGCUUUGCGGAAGAUGAAGCAAGAGAUGAAAGAAAUUAUGUCACCAACUCCUGUGGAGUUACAUAAGGUAACUUUGUACAAGGAUUCAGAUAUGGAGGACUUUGGGUUCAGCGUCUCCGAUGCCUUAUUGGAAAAAGGCGUGUAUGUUAAAAAUAUUCGGCCAGCUGGGCCUGGAGAUGUGGGAGGGUUGAAGCCAUAUGACAGACUGCUCCAGGUAAACCAUGUUCGCACAAGAGACUUUGACUGUUGUCUGGUUGUGCCCCUUAUAGCAGAGUCUGGUAACAAACUGGAACUUGUUAUUAGUCGAAACCCUCUAGCCUCUCAAAAGGUAAGCUCGGAACAACAGACUUUCCCGGCUGGGGAAUGGAACGAACAAAACCAUGCCUUCCUUCAACAAAGUGUACACAGCGCUGGUUCAGAGAUGAAACGGGAGCCUAUGAACACUUUGUAGCCAAAAAAACUGUAUUUAGUGCAAAACAUUUAAAUGGUGCUAAUCCCUUUCAGGUUUCUGUUACACUGAAGAUGUGGCUGUCGUGUGGCAUUAAGAAGCACAGAGGGGGGGGCUCAUAAUUUGCUACUUGCUUCCAAUGCUGAGUUUUUUUGCUCUGCUCUCGUUUUUUAUCACCCAUGUGUAGUGCCAUUUCAACCUGACCCUUAGUAACAAGAGAAACGAAUGGUGAAAAUGGCUGUAAAUCCUAUCAUGGCAGAUUAGUGA